AGAGCGCUGAGUAGCGAGCUGUGACCUCCAGCACAGCGGGGAGCUGCACCUGAACAGCGAGCUAUAGCGGAGAGCACCACCCGGCAGCAACAGGUAAUUCAAUUGAGAAAAUCAAAUGCACCUGCCUUACUCCAGCAGUUCUCCGCACUACAUGCUCUCUGCAGUUGUUAGAAGUGGUGCUGGCCACCCAGCUGAGUGCAGUGUCAUAAAUAUCAGCGAGGAUCGGACCCGGCGCUACCCCAACAGGCCCGCCGCAGCGUCCCGUUCCAUCUGUCCCUGCAUGUCGCCAGUCUGGCUGGCGUGGGCGCUUCAGAAGAGUGCCGUCACCGGCGUCCUCAGACCAGCCGAGCGACAAGUUUGUGAUCUGCAUAUACAGCACGACAGGCCAGUCCGCCGCCAGUUGCAGCGAGAGUGAUUCGAAACCAUCUCUGCAUAGGGAAUCAGAAUCAACAAGCCACUAUACAUGGUAUUAUUGUUAUGUUUAUUUACAUAUAGUUACCGACAACAUACAUAGAUUCAAAACUAAAAAUGCAAAUGUGGCGUUGCAAUGCCAUGCCCAUUUCAAAAGUGAUGCAUUAUCGCACUCCGCCGAUUGUUUGUUUGUCCAAAGAGAGACCUCAGUCCGACAGUAACCCGUUUGGUGAGAAGCUAUUUUACAUGGCACUACCUUCGGCUUCAGAGCCAAAGCCGCGUACACGGGGAUAUAGUCAGGUAAACGGGAUCAGCGGCUGAUACCAAAGGAUCUGUUGCCACGAAUCUGGUCUAAACAUGACAUGCUGAAGGGAAAAUUGUCUAAAUGUCACACUAAGCUUUGCUCCUUUUACUUCAUGGCUGUUCGGUGUCGAAGGGGAUAUUCACGUUCCAUUCACCGAUUGCAUGUUUUAUUGCUCCGUCACUCACAAAAGGCUUUCCCUCACACACGACUCUCCCUGUCCCAAGCGCAGGCAGGAACUUCAUAAAUCACAUGGUUUACCUGACACGCUGCCUCGAUUUGAAAACCCGGGACCCGGCUCUACCGUCCGUAGUCCCAUAGGCCGCACUCCACAUUCAAACUCCCCUCCUACUCUCUCUCUCUCUCUCUCUCUCUCUCUCUCUCUCUCUCUCUCUCUCUCUCUCUCUCUCUCUCUCUCUCUCUCUCUCUCUCGCUCCGCUCCGCUCAUCCCUGUCCUAAAUUCCGUCUAAGCUUUUGUUUCUCGGUAUUCCCAUGGCAGCCGCUCAAUUUUCGGGCAUCUCCACAGUUGCACCUAAGCUCGCGUCCCCAAUGACUCAGUCUCGUUCUCUUCCCUCGCAUCCACCUUGACCGUGCACUCCCGGAGACCCAGCGACUGUCCCGCCAGCGCGUCGGCCGGCCGACUGGCCGACUGGCGCGCGCGGCUCCCGCCGGCCGCCUCUCCCCUCCCCGCGGCGUCCCGCGUCGCGCGCCACCCCAGCGCGACUCGUGCCGUGGGCCGUGGCGCGCGCCGUGGGGCGGGGCUUCGCGCACUAGGGUACAAGUAGGACCGGCGGCGCGGCGCGCGCCCAGUCGCCCUGCCGCCGCCGUCGCGCGAGCCAGCCGCCGUCGCGUCGCUCCGCGCGUCCUUUUCCGUUGCGUUUUGUUCCGUUUGUCAUGUCUGCGAUGGGGGUGGUGCCGAUCCGGCCGAGUCCGCAGAAGGUGACGACGACCACCUGCGUGCUGCUCACCACGUCACCAGCGCCGGUGACGACGGCUCUGAAGGCUCCGGUGCGCCGCCAGGAGCCGACAGUUCGGCCCAACCGGCGCCGACUCGGCUACUCGUCGUACAUCCCGCCGCCGCAGCCGUCCAACGUGCUCCGGCGCAACGCCCGAGAGAGGAACCGCGUCAAACAGGUCAACCACGGCUUCGCCGCCCUCCGCAACCACAUUCCCAGCGCGGCCAAGAACAAGAAGCUGAGCAAGGUGGACACCCUGCGCCGCGCCGUCGAGUACAUUCAGAGUCUGCAGGCUCUGCUGGAUGAGAGUGAUGCUGAGGGAGCGCCGUCAGCGACUCAGAGCCAGCCGUCUUCAUGUCAGCCGUCACCCCACCAACCGUCUCCCCAUCAGCCGUCCUCCCUGCAGCCGUCACCGUGUCUUCCCUCCGCGCACCUCCCCUCCCCGUGUCUGCCUUCUCCCUGUCAGCCGUCGCCGCAGACCCUGACUCCCUCCAGCGGCUGCAGCGCCGACAGCGGCUACGGCGAGCAGCGCGGCUUCUUCCUGCCGUCUCCUGCGACGGGCGCGGUGGCCGGCCCGCACCUCGCCUCGCCCUGUUCGGACGCCUCCUCUCCGGCGCCGUCCUACUCGUCGGAGCCGACGCUGCUGACAUCUCAGUACGACCAGUACGAGCCGUACACACCGGCCGGCUUCAAGGAGGAGUCGUACGCGGACGCCGAACCCAUCAGCGCAGAAGAUGAGGAGCUGCUCGACGCCAUCGCCUGGUGGCAGUGCAGCCAAUAGCCGCCCGACGCCCGUCCGGCUAUCACCGUCCACACGCACAGGUGGAGAUUCUAGUCAAAGCUGACUGGCCUAGUGCUGCAGAGGCUCACAGUCGCCGCCGCCGUCAUCCGCCGUUCGUCAUCCGUCAUCUGCUGUCCGUCAUCAGUCGUCAUCACUGCGCCCCCGCCGUCAUCGUCACCUUCAGAUGUGCUGCUGGUCAGUGGAGGAUACCGCCAGCGCCACACCGGCGGAAGCCGACCAGUCGCCAAUGGUCCACGAUCGCCCGUCUGCGUUCGGUAGACUCCCGGAGGAGAGGUGCCAUCAGCGCGUCCGGUCGCCGUCAGGCCGUCUGCCAGCGCGUCCGUCGCCGCCGGUUGUACACGAGCCGACUCCAACACCGACACCCGGCGUCCAGAUCCCGUAACCUAGCCGGCCCUCGCGUCGGCCGAUCGGAUCGCGCAUUAAUUGGACCAGCCUUUCGGGAUAAAGGGACACCAUCAACAUUCAUCAAUCGUGACGCGCGACCACCCAAAAAAACUCGACCGAGACGCGUUUCUCCGGCUCCUGGCAGGUGCCCGCAUGACCGCAGAAGCGCAUCGGGAUAAGGAGUCAGCCCGUUCUAAUGAUUUGACAUGACCUGGCGAGGCAAAGCGACCUGACAUGCCGUGACCUGACCCGACCUGAAUUGGCCAAUGUAUGGCUUCUAAUUGUGAUGCAGUGUCUUGAUGCCCAGUGCCUUGCUUGUUUGUGCCAGCUGCUCAAUAUUCAUAUCAGUCUGUGUUCGGCCGUGAUAUGAUUAAACUGGUAACAUCAUCUCUCUGUAGAUAUGCCUUGUUGGUCAGCUGUUGACAGUUUGCGGGAUCUCUAUAAGGAGCGUAUACCGCUGCAUUGUUUGAACUAUGUCAGGCACAUCGGUGUGUGAUUUAUCGACCCAUGUUUUUUAUCACUGUCAACAAAGCCAUCGCUAUUUUGUAUCUUUUUACAGCAAUUUGUACAUUUUUAGAUAAUCUUAGUGUAGCUGAAGCAUUGUACAUAAUAAGUGUAUGUACAAAUUUCAUCUGUGACGUUACCCUUAUAGCGACAAUAAAUAUGUGACUAAGAACAA